AUGUUUUAUCUGUUGCAUUCAGCAGUAUAUUGGAUUCUCAAGACAUAUGUCAUUUAUCGUAUCGUUAGGACAGCUGUGGCACUUUGGUCAACGGUUGCAAUAUAUCUCAUCGCUCCACUAUUUUAUAAACCUAAUUUUGAUCCUUACAAAGGACGAUGGACAGUUGUUACUGGUGGAACAGACGGUAUUGGAAAGGCAUAUACAAUCGAACUAGCAAGAAAUGGUUUACGAAAAUUUGUACUGAUUGGUCGAAAUGAAAUAAAACUGCAAGAAAUGAAGGCUUAUUUAGAGAGUAAAUUUGGUGCUCGUGUACAGACGUAUUUGUUCGAUUUUUAUGAUGGUGAUUAUACUGAGAUGAGAAAAUUUAUUGAGGAUAUCGAUGUUGGUUUUGUCUUAAAUAGUGUUGGUAUUGGACGUGAACGAAUGGAGCGAUAUGGCGAUAAUCCGGAAGCCGAUCGCAAAUUGCUUAAAGUGAAUGGAUUAGGUGCUGCUGAAUUCUUAUCAAUAGUUCUACCAACAAUGGAAAAGAAUGGUGGUGGACAAAUUGUUGUCUUAUCAUCUUGCCAAGGCUUUAGGCCCUUUCCGUAUAUCGCAUCUUACUGUGCCUCAAAAGUUAUGUUGUCGUUUUUAUGUGAAGCAAUAGAUCGUGAAUGGUCGACAGUAAAAGUUCAGUGCUUGACACCUGCACUCGUAGCAACAAAAAUGACACAUUAUGAUAACAAUUAUAAAUCUUUGUUCGUGAAAAAUGCAGAUGAUUUUGCGAGAGAAGCUGUGAAGACAAUUGGCUUAACGAGAAUGACAAGCGGAUGUCUGAAUCAUGAGCUGCAAAUGUUAAUGCGGCAUAUGAUUCCGUGGACCUUGUUGAAAUAUAUACUGUUGCCAAUUUACUGGUAUCAUAAGCGAAGGACUGAUCCACCUCAGUACAUUGUCUCAAUCACAACCGAUAACAAAAAGGUUUCACUUUGCUAG